CUGGAGGUUUGCACUCCAAAGGAAGACCUUGGAUAACAGCAUAGGUUUCCCACUCUCCUUGCCUGAACUAUUCUGCUGCUAUCAAGACUGUUGUUUCCUUACUACCAAGGCUCCUAAACUGGCCAUAUUGGACAGAUAUAUGAUUUAUACAAAUGGCCACCAGCCUGCCCAAGGUCCCUAUAUACUCCCUCAAUGAAUUGAAGAGCACCACCGAUGAUGCUAUCGCGCCGUAUCUCACCUCGCUGCCGAAUCCAUACACCUUUGUUGAAAAUAAUUCGAAGUCCAACAUAAGACUACUAUUAGGCUAUGGUGCCGUGAGCAUCGCAGCUGUUUCUUUUUAUAUCGACUAUACCAAAGGCUGGGAGGCUACAAAACCAUGGAUCCUCCCGGCAGUAAUUGCGUACUUUGUGCUGAACCUUGCGCUGACUCUCUGGAUCUGGGGAGUGGAAGGUGGUCAGAUUUUUGAGGGAUCGGGGGAUGAAAUUGAAAGACUUCGCAUUUGCUCUUCGACCAAAAAGCAUUCUCCCUUAUAUCAUCUUCACAUUCAUCAUACCUCAUCUUUAAGCAAUAUGCCGCAAGAGAAAACAGCUGUGGCGCCAUUCACACAAUGGUUUUCUGGAGAUGGUACAUUUCAUUGUGAAGCAUUCAGGCAGUGGCUUGCAGCUGAGAUUGGCAUCCCAUGGUCAGCUCCUAGAAGCAAAUUGAAUAUGUAACAAGAAAGCGAGGAAGCAAAUCAAUAGCUAGGGGUUCUAGGGCUCUUUUUUGUUUUUAUCUGCAAAAUAUGAAAAAUGACAUCCACAAAGUCAUGCUUUUUAGCAUAAUUCCUGCUCUUGUCCUUGCAUGCCUUUUGCUUCCCCAAUCUAAUUGAACAAUGUAUUGCUGUGUUCUCUGAGGUCUCUUUUGUGAUAAGGAUUAUUAC